AUGUUUGUGAGGCUUUUUAAACUUGCAGUAAUAGUUGCAGCAAUAGCAGCAAUAACCCCUAAUAACCCAAUACGUACCCUGGUUUCAUUUGGGUGUAUAGGGUACGUGGCAACCUUACUGGUAAUACCAAAGGUUAGCCCAAGUUUUAUCAAGAUCGGGCUCAAAGGGAAAGAUUUGUCUAAACCACCACCAGUAUCAGAAAUACCAGAAACAAUGGGGCUAGUGGCAUCAACUACAUACAUGUUUCUUAUGUUUGGUCUUAUCCCAUUUAUUUUUUUCAAAUACCUUCUUUCCUUUGGAUCAAUGUCCAACGACGAGAUAAUAACUAAAAACUACUUGUCUCAAUAUAAGGCUCUUGCUGACAACAGGUUAUUUCCCCACAAUAAGUUAGCAGAAUACUUGAGUGCCAUGUUAUGUUUACAAAGUACUACAUUGUUGGGGUUAUUGGAUGACUUGUUUGAUAUCAGGUGGCGUCACAAGUUUUUCUUACCUGCCGUAGCAUCAUUACCCUUAUUGAUUGUUUACUACGUUGACUUUAGUGUUACCUCAGUCGUGAUACCUAAGUUUGUCACUGAUUUCCCUGGAGGUUACCUUCUAAUUAAUACCAUCAAUUUUUUCAUAAAAUAUAGUAAUCACUUGGUGACAAGCAUCACAGGUCUUUCAUUUAGAACAUUACAAACAGACUAUGUUGUUCCAGAUAGUUCACCAAAGUUGAUUGAUUUGGGAAUUUUCUACUAUGUGUAUAUGUCGGCUAUUUCAAUUUUCUCGCCGAAUUCAAUCAACAUUCUCGCUGGGGUUAAUGGCUUGGAGGUUGGACAAUCAUUAGUUCUAGCAGCCAUAUUUUUGAUUAAUGAUUUCUGCUAUCUUCUUUCAUCAGGAAUAUCACAAGCAGCUCAUGAUUCACAUAUGUUUUCUGUGAUAUUCAUAAUUCCUUUUGUCGGAGUAUCGUUAGCUUUGUUGCAAUAUAACUGGUUUCCUGCAAGAGUGUUUGUUGGCGAUACUUAUUGCUAUUUCAGUGGUAUGGUGUUUGCUAUUGUCGGUAUUUUGGGGCAUUUUUCAAAAACUCUUUUGAUAUUUUUGUUACCGCAAAUAAUCAAUUUUAUAUAUUCGGUUCCUCAAUUGUUUCACAUUUUGCCAUGUCCAAGGCACAGACUACCUAGAUUUAAUGUCAACGAUGGUUUAAUGUACCCCAGUUUUGCCGAAUUAAAGAAAACAAGCAGUCUAAACUUGGCGAUUUUGGAAACACUCAGUCUUUUCAAGCUCAUACAAGUAGAAAGGGAUUCCAAACUGAACCAGAUUGUUAGAUUUUCCAAUAUGACCAUAAUUAAUCUCACAUUGGUGUGGCUUGGUCCUUUACGAGAAGACCAUUUAUGUAUUUCUAUCUUGACCUUUCAGUUUGUUAUUGGCGUGGCAAUGAUAGCUGUUAGACAUACCAUUGGACCAUGGUUAUUUGGAUACGAUAAUUUAUCAUGGGGUGUAAAAUAA